UAAAAAUACAAAAAUUGUAAACUUCUUUACUUUUAAACUUUAGAUAAUGCUAUCAAUAUGGUUAGCGUAUAGCAUCAUUUUAUACUCAGGAAUAACAAGAGCUCAAAAUUGUAAGAAUCAGCAAAGCUGUUUGUGUAGAAAGCAGCAAAACUGUUUGUGCGAUGAUUAUCAGGAAGUAGCUUGCAGUUCUGAAUGUUUGAAAGAAGGUACAGUGGGUUAUCUUCAAGAUGGCCGUGCUUUUACUUGUUCUGUCCAUGGUGCAAAUAGAGACAUACCUCGACCAACAAAAAAUGACACAACAGCUUGUAUGCCAGUUUCAUUCAGAAUCAGUUGCCACAAAACUUUCAUAAGAAGUAUUUACGUACCAACACUGAAUAUGUCAUGGGACCAAGAAGAAAGAUUCAUUCGAGACGGUGAUAUCACUGGAUUUUACCUUGUUGAAGGAAACCUGCGUUAUAAAGUAUCUAUUGAUAUCAAAAAUGACAAAAGAAAUCAUUCUAUGCAUGUGCCAAAUAAUAGCUGCAUACGAUUUCGAUAUGAUUGUUUUGGAGCACAUAACGAUCUACUUGAACCAGAAGAAAAAAUGCAAUUUUGGGUUGCAUCAUUACCAAUGUCACAACCAGACGACCCAAGAAAUGGUCUUUGUGCCGAGUUUACUAUUCCUAACCAGGAUGAAUGUGGGAAGACAUAUUUGAGUACCACAACAACUACAACAACCGAAGAACAUACAGAGCAACAAAGUACACCUUCAUAUACUGAAAAUUGGAUAACAUUCUUCAUUGUGAUUUUGGGGAUAUGUUUGGUCAUUGUGGCUGCUGUGGUAAUAUAUGUGAAGAAAAAGAAAAAGCAAGGCCAAAACUUUGAGAAAGAGGAAAAUACUGACUUCAAAAUAAGAAAUAUUCUGAUGGUAGCUGAUAAAAAAAAGAAUUGUGAUGAAGUGCAUGGAAUAGCAACAAAAAUGAGGGAAUAUUUCUCAGAAGUACAAGUGAUCUGUAACUGGGAAAAUCGUAAUGAAAAAUCAAUUAGCAACUGGUAUUCAAAAAGAAUGGAGGAAGCAAAUGUUGUAAUAUUUGUUGAAGGAGUGGAAAUUUUGAAAAUGCUGGAAAUAAACAAUAAGGAAAUACAACAACAAACUGAUUUUACAAUGGCAAUCAAUCAUUUUUUAUUUCAAAGUAGAAAAAACAUUUUUAAACCAGCAAUGUUUUUAGUUAGAAAUGAAAGGGACAGUUUUUACAUUUUGACUAUGCAUAAAGCAAAAAACUGUCAUGCCUUUCUCAUAAAGAAUUCAACAGAUGAAGAGUUUUAUAGGUACUUGGAAUCCAUUGCAGUCGCUACGCCUGCAAAAAAUAGUAAAAUUAAAAAACAACAUCCAAAAAAUCAAGCUCAACAAAAACAAAAAAUAGGUCUAGAAGAGCAAGAAAAAUUCAUUGAGCAAGACAAUGAACACUACAAAGCAAAUAGAGCCAAGUCAAACGUUGUUCAUAUAGAAAUGGAAACAAUAGCUGAAGUACAUGCUAUUGAUAAAGAUGAAAAUGGUAAUACACAGAUCGGUGAACGUGACCCAAACAACUGCGUACAAAAAGGAGCAAGACCAAAAGAAAGAACAACUGGCCUAUAGAAAACCAUUAGCAAUUUUUCCAUAGUGUUUUAAGAUUGGCGACAAAAUAAUGCGUACAUUUGAAAUCAUUGACAAUUAUAAAUUAAUAAUGUUUUUUUACGAUAAAGAGUUUCUCACAUUUUAUAUUAGAAUAAGACUAUAAUAUAAUAAUAUAAUUAUGAGAAUUCAUUCCCACUUGCAAUACCCAAGAGAAAAUGCACUAGUGAAAUUCUCUUAUUUACAUGGUUCUGUCAGCAGUAUUUUAUAAAAUUUAGGGCAAAUCAGAAAGUGUUGAAAAAGCUCAAAGACGAAAUUUUAAUUUUUGUACAAACCUUUGCUAGUACAACAUUUUCAUUAUCAUUUCUUAUCCUGAUGCAGUAUUUUAGCAGAAGUCAUUGAGAACAUGUACUCAGUAUCUAAAAUUACUUGCAAUUUGGUACAUUUUGUUCUUAUUUCGACCCCAAAUAGACAAGGGGUAAAAUUUAAUAUUCUAAUUGAAGUUGUAUGACAUGAGAGUACAAAUUAAACAAACAUAAAAUAUUGAGCAUUUGCAUUUUUAUUUCGCAAUAUUCAUCAUUGUUUACCUCAUUUAAGUGCUCAAAUCUGCAAGUAAGUCAAGAGUUUGAUGACAUGGCAACUGGCAUUAUUAUAAUCAUUUCUCUUUCUAUUCCUAGUAGGCCUAUAGUUUAGUGUGAUGGGUAUUGUCAAUAUAUUUUUAAUUAAGCACCAUGUGACAACAUUUGACUUUUUUUUAUUAACUUUGUGCUU